AUGAGCAGUCAAACGAUAGGGAACACGUCCAGCAAUGGCUGGGUGGUGCAAAAAUUCGGCGGUACCAGCGUCGGAAAGUUUCCUGACAAGGUCGUCGUCGUGUGCUCAGCGAGAAGCACGGGUAAGAAGGUCGAGGGCACCACCAGCCGGUUGCUUGGUGUUUUCAACAAGCUCAAGGGCAUUGCAGCCCCCACAAGCGCCGAAGAGGUGCAGAAUGAGCUCAUGAGCCAGGCCAAGGGCCUGAUUGACGACAUCUGCAAAGACCAUGUUUCAGCAGUCAAGACUUUCCUGAGCAACCCAGAACUGCAGGCUUCCUUGGAACAGGAGAUCCGCGAUGAGUGCCAGGAGCUGGUCGAGUACAUUGUGGCGGCGAGAAGGUUCAACCUCGAAGUUAACUCAAGAUCAAAGGACCGCUGCAUCAGCUUCGGCGAGAAGCUCAGCUGCAGGUUCAUGGCCGCGUUGCUGAAGGAUCUGGGUGUCGCUGCGGAGUAUGUGGAUCUGAGUGAUGCGUUCCAUUAUGAUGCCACUGGCCGUUUGGAUCAAAGCUUCUACCAAGAGGCUGCUGCCGUGCUGCGGAAAAAGAUCAUGGCCUGCGAGGAUCGAAUCCCGGUGGUUACUGGCUUCUUUGGAAACGUGCCUGGCAGUCUGAUCGAUGGCGACAUUGGUCGAGGCUACACCGAUCUCUGCGCGGCGCUGUUGGCUGUCGGUCUCAAGGCUGAUGAGCUCCAAGUGUGGAAGGAGGUCGACGGCAUCUUCACCGCAGACCCAACAAAGGUCCCCACGGCACGCCUGCUGCACUCCAUCACACCGUCCGAAGCGGCAGAGUUGACUUUCUACGGCUCCGAAGUCAUUCACCACUUGACCAUGGACCAGGUCAUCCACGCCUCGCCCCCUAUCCCCAUCCGCAUCAAGAACGUCAAGAACCCCAGAGGAGUUGGCACUAUUGUCGUCCCCGAUCCUGUCCUCACCGCCGGCCACCAGAUCCAGCGGUCGAAGCCUACGGAUCCCACAUUGACCCAGAAGCCGAAGCGGCCGACGGCGGUUACGAUCAAAGACAAGAUCUCUGUUAUUAAUGUGCACUCCAACAAGCGAUCCAUCUCUCACGGCUUCUUCGCCAAGGUGUUCUCCAUCCUCGACAGCAACCAGAUCUCCGUCGACCUCAUCUCCACGAGUGAGGUCCAUGUGUCUAUGGCCAUCCACGCUGGCAACUCGGAGGGCGGCAGCUUCGACAAGGCGCGGCUCGAGUUGGAGGAGUGCGGCGACGUCAGCGUGCUGCACGACAUGGCCAUCCUGAGUCUAGUUGGUGCGGAGAUGAAGAACAUGAUUGGAAUUGCCGGACGCAUGUUCUCCACGCUGGGCGAGCACAACGUCAACUUGGAGAUGAUUUCACAGGGUGCCAGUGAGAUCAACAUCUCCUGCGUCAUUGACGCCCGCGACGCCACCCGCGCCAUGAACAUCCUGCACACAAAUCUAUUCACCUUCCUCGACUAG